CAGGCAGCCUCGCGUUUCCGGGAUGCUCUCGCACUGCCUGCGCACGUUUCCGGGUUUCUGCCGCAAUCCGGUUUCUGGAGCUUCGCACUCGGGGCUCCGCGGCUAACGCAGUGACUUGUUUGCGGUCUUUCGAGUCAGCGCCGAGAGUGCCCCCCAUAUGCCGGAGAGGUAGACCUGAGUGACCCCCCCUACUCCGCCCCUCCACACUACGCUGGCGAACGCACUGUACCCCGCGCACUGGCUCCUCCAGCUCGGCUCUCGCCUUCACGUUCUGCCGCCGAGCCCCGCCGCCCGUUCUCUUAGCCGCCUCGGCGUGCCCGCGGCCGGCAGCACUACGCUCUCUUUGGUGCCUUGGGCCGCCGACUCGCCUCCCUCUGCGGCUUCCCGUGUGGCCAGGGACCCCGCGCCGCGGGGCCAGUUCGCCCGCUUGCCCGCGAUGCCCGGCCCGGCGCCAGGCAGCAAGGCUCGGGUGUACGCCGAUGUGAACACGCUGAAGAGCCGGGAGUACUGGGACUACGAGGCGCACGUCCCGAACUGGAGUAAUCAAGAUAACUAUCAGUUAGUACGGAAGCUGGGCAGAGGUAAAUACAGCGAAGUCUUUGAGUCCAUCAAUAUCACCAACAAUGAGAAGGUGGUGGUGAAGAUCCUCAAGCCAGUUAAAAAAAAGAAGAUAAAGAGAGAGAUUAAAAUUUUGGAAAAUCUAAGAGGAGGCACUAAUAUUAUAAAGCUGGUGGACACGGUGAAGGACCCGGUGUCUAGGACCCCAGCUCUGGUCUUUGAGUACAUUAACAAUACAGACUUCAAGGAGCUCUACCAGAAGUUGACAGACUAUGAUAUACGCUUCUAUAUGUAUGAGCUGCUGAAGGCUCUUGACUACUGUCACAGUAUGGGCAUCAUGCAUCGCGAUGUCAAACCUCACAAUGUAAUGAUCGAUCACCAGAUGAGGAAGCUGCGACUUAUUGAUUGGGGCCUGGCAGAGUUCUACCAUCCAGCACAGGAGUACAAUGUCCGUGUGGCAUCUCGUUACUUCAAGGGGCCGGAGCUUUUGGUUGAUUACCAGAUGUAUGAUUACAGCCUAGAUAUGUGGAGCUUGGGCUGCAUGCUGGCUAGCAUGAUCUUUCAGAAGGAGCCAUUUUUUCAUGGCCAGGAUAAUUACGACCAACUGGUCCGAAUUGCUAAGGUCCUGGGAACAGAUGAGCUUUUUGGAUACUUAAGGAAGUACCACAUAGAACUAGACCCUCGCUUCAAAGACCUCUUGGGGCAGCAAACAAGGAAGCGCUGGGAACAGUUCAUUCAGUCAGAGAACCAGCACCUGGUGACGCCAGAGGCACUGGACCUCCUGGACAAGCUGCUCCGGUAUGACCAUCAACAGAGGCUCACUGCCAAAGAGGCCAUGGAGCACUCAUACUUCUUUCCAGUAUUGAAGGAGUCUCAGUCCAAUGUCGAUAACAAUCUUGUGUCCAGCGGACCCACAGCUGCCCGGUGAGAAUGCAGGGCUUGAGUCUGUUACCUCACAACCUCCCUUCUGUGGCAGAAAUGCAACCGGACAAAAGCACCAAUUGACAUGACAAAAGAAAGGAUGACUUGUGUAUUUCACAGCAUGGGCUCUGACUGAAGCAUCAAUGGACCUCCUCAAUUGAGCCUGAUUGCUGUGGGUCCAGAAGUCGACCCCUGCCCUCUGAGUUCAUUUUUGAUGCAAAGGAAAGAAUCGCAUGGAGAAUGAAAUGCAAAGAAAUGACUUUUGACAAAGAUCCCCUCCUGCCUCAACUCCCAUCCGCUGUCCUGUCCUGUUCAGGUCCUGCUCAGCUGUUCCACCGAACGCUCUUCACAUCGUUUCAGCGUCUCUGUUGGCGCACUAUGGUGGACUGUUUUUUUUU